UGAUGCAAUGGAGCCGGAAAAUUACACGAGAGUGAAAGAAUUUAUUUUUCAAGGACUGACCCAGUCCCGAGACCUAAGCUUGGUCUUCUUUCUUUUUUUGAGCUUUGUGUACAUGACAACUCUUCUGGGAAACCUUCUCAUCAUGGUCACGGUGACCUGGGAGUCUCGCCUGCACACUCCCAUGUACUUCCUGCUCCGCAACCUCUCCGUCUUGGACAUCUGCUUCUCCUCCAUCACUGCUCCCAAGGUCCUGGUAGACCUUCUUUCCAGGAGAAAGACCAUCUCCUUCAACGGCUGCAUCACACAGAUGUUCUUCUUCCACCUCCUCGGUGGGGCAGAUAUCUUCUCUCUCUCCGUGAUGGCCUUUGAUCGCUACGUGGCCAUCUCCAAGCCCCUGCACUAUGUGACCGUCAUGAGCAGGGGCCGGUGCACUGCCCUCAUUGUGGCCUCCUGGCUGGGGGGCUUUGUCCACUCCGUCGUGCAGAUCUCCCUGCUGCUCCCACUCCCCUUCUGUGGACCCAACGUUGUGGAUGGCUUCUACUGUGAUGUCCCCCAGGUCCUCAAACUCGCCUGCACCGACACCUUUGCCCUUGAGGUCUUGAUGAUUUCCAACAAUGGCUUGAUCUCUACACUGUGGUUCCUCUUCCUCCUGGUGUCCUACACAGUCAUCUUGACGAUGCUGAGGUCUCACUCCGGUGAGGGCAGAAAGAAAGCCGUCUCCACCUGCACCGCCCACAUCACCGUGGUGACCCUGCACUUCGUGCCCUGCAUCUACGUCUACGCCCGGCCCUUCACCGCCCUCCCCAUGGACAGAGCUGUCUCCGUCACCUUCACUGUCAUCAUCCCUGUCCUGAACCCCAUGAUCUACACCCUGAGGAACCAGGAGAUGAAGUCGGCCAUGAGGAGACUGAAGAGGAGGCUUGGACCGUCCCAAAAGGAAUAG